AGAGUGCAAAUGGCGCCCGCCGUUGGUGGUCCUGAAGGCUACACACCCCCUGAGGGUGGCUGGGGAUGGAUGGUGGUGGUUGGGGCCUUCAUCUCUAUUGGCUUCUCCUAUGCAUUCCCCAAGUCCAUCACUGUCUUCUUUAAAGAGAUCGAGGUGAUCUUCGACGUGACCAGCAGCCAGGUGUCCUGGAUCUCUUCCAUCAUGUUGGCCGUCAUGUACGGCGGAGGUCCCAUCAGCAGCAUCCUUGUGAAUAGAUAUGGGAGUCGUAUUGUCAUGAUGUCGGGAGGACUCCUGUCCGGAUUGGGCCUCAUUGCUGCGUCUUUCUGCAAUUCUGUUCAAGAACUGUACUUUUUUAUUGGUGUGGUGGGAGGUUUGGGAUUGUCCUUCAACCUCAACCCCUCCCUCACAAUGAUUGGAAAGUACUUCUACAAGAAGCGACCUAUUGCUAAUGGAAUAGCCAUGGCAGGCAGCCCUGUCGUUCUCUGCACCAUGGCUCCGAUAAACACCUGGCUUUUUGAGAAGUUUGGCUGGAGAGGAAGUUUUUUGAUCCUGGGUGGAGUGCUCUUUAAUUGCUGUGUCGCUGGUUCCCUCAUGCGGCCUAUAGGACCAAAACCAAAACCUCCAAAGAAGACCACAGAGAAGAGGACUGUAGUCCAGAUCAUUAACAGCUUCAUUGACCUCUCAUUGUUCAAGCACCGCGGCUUCAUGCUCUAUAUUGGAGGAAAUGUCAUCAUGUUUUUCGGUCUCUUUACACCACUUGUGUACCUCAGUAAUUAUGCAAAGAGUAAAGACAUCCCUAAAGACAAGGCAGCUUUCUUACUGUCUGUGCUGGCUAUUGUGGACAUGGUGGCCCGGCCAUCAAUGGGGGCCUUGGCUAACACUAAGUGGGUUCGACCCAGAAUACAGUACUUCUUUGCUGUAUCUGUUCUGUUUAACGGCGUUUGCCACAUUUUAUCACCAUUAUCAGUUGACUUCACAGGCUUUGUGAUUUAUUCCAUCUUCUUUGGGUUUGCUUUUGGCUGGCUGAGUGCAAUUCUGUUUGAGACGUUGAUGGACCUGGUGGGAACUAAGCGCUUCUCCAGUGCUGUUGGGCUGGUCACCAUUGUGGAGUGUGGUCCUGUGUUGUUGGGACCCCCUUUGCUCGGGAAGCUUAAAGACAUCUAUCAUGAUUACAAGUACACAUACCAGAGCUGCGGGAUCCUCCUCAUCGUCUCCAGUGUUAUUCUGUUUGCAGGGAUGGGACUCAACUAUCGACUGCUGGACAAAGAGAAAAAAGAGGAAGAGAGACUGGCCAGGGCGGAAAGUGAAGAACAAAAGUCCAUCAUGGAAAAUACUGCCAAGGGUGUGUCAGAGGCUAGUAACAAGGAAGACACUGUCUAAUAUUGUGUAAUAUGUUAUGUUAUAUUUAAGUUCAGUUUUAACAGUGCCUGUGAGGCAAAUAUGCAGUCUAAGACCACCAUAGAAAGCCUUACCUGCAAUGCAAGUUAAGCUAUUUACAAACCUUUUAACUCAA